ACGAAGCCUUCCAAGUGGAUUCUGCAUUGGAAGACUAACUAUACUUGAGGUGUCAUUCUGAAUUUCUGAUCUUAUCUGUAUUUUGCUGCUACCCCCAUUUGUUCGAACAUUAUUUCCCUGUCCUUUAAAAGCAAAUGGGGAAUCUGUUCUGUUGUGUGCAAGUUGACCAAUCCACGGUGGCUAUCAAAGAAAGAUUUGGACGAUUUGAAGAAGUUCUUCAGCCAGGAUGCCAUUGCAUGCCAUGGAUACUUGGAAGUCAACUUGCUGGUCAUCUCACUCUUCGUGUACAGCAACUGGAUGUUCGAUGUGAGACCAAGUCAAAGGAUAAUGUCUUUGUCAACGUUGUUGCGUCAGUUCAAUAUCGUGCCCUGUCAGAGAAGGCCAAUGAUGCAUUUUACAAACUUAGCGAUACAAAGAGCCAAAUCCAAGCCUAUGUUUUUGAUGUAAUUAGAGCAACUGUUCCAAGACUCAACUUGGAUGAUGCUUUUGAGCAGAAAAAUGAUAUUGCCAAAGCCGUGGAAGAUGAACUUGAGAAGGCUAUGUCAGCUUAUGGAUAUGAAAUUGUUCAAACACUGAUUGUUGAUAUUGAGCCAGAUGAGAAUGUGAAGCGGGCAAUGAAUGAAAUAAACGCUGCUGCAAGGUUGAGGAUGGCAGCUAAUGAGAAGGCAGAGGCAGAGAAAAUAUUGCAAAUUAAGCGAGCUGAGGGUGAGGCAGAGUCUAAGUAUCUCUCAGGGUUGGGUAUUGCUCGCCAACGUCAAGCAAUUGUUGAUGGCUUGAGAGAUAGUGUGUUGGGAUUCUCAGGUAAUGUACCUGGGACAACCGCAAAAGAUGUCAUGGACAUGGUCCUUGUCACUCAGUAUUUUGACACUAUGAAAGACAUUGGUGCUGCUUCCAAAUCUUCUACUGUUUUCAUUCCCCAUGGACCUGGUUCUGUUCGUGAUGUAGCUAACCAAAUUCGUGAGGGACUUCUUCCGGGUUCUCAUAACUAGUUUCUACUCAACCUUGCUCUUGUAUCUGGUUUGUGUAUGAGUAUGAUGAUGCUGUAUGUAUGCGUGUGGUUGUCUUUCUGUGGAGUGUGUUCAGUGGUCUUGUUAUCUGUAGAUAAAAGUAUUCUAUAUUGUGAAUGAUGCAGAACUAAAUUAUCAACUAUCACUGCAUCUAAAAGUUUUCUAGAGUGUGGUUUGAGAGUGCUUCAUGGUGAUUGUUAAAAUCAAGUAUUGUGCUAUAUAUUUUACCUUUCAUUUUCUCUAUUC